AUGCAUCGUGAGAUUGCACAGUUUGCGACCGAAGUCCGCAAGCACGGGGACAGGCUUGACUUUCAUGACGCGGCUUUGCAGGAUCAUAACAAACUUCAUGAGGGGAGUCUCUCUCGUAUUGAAGCUCUAGAAAAGGAGGUUAAAGAGCUGCGGGCUGCGUCUAGAUCACCCACUCCUUCCCGUGCACCCCCUUCUCCUGGAGCCCGAAGCCUGACGCCCCAGCGAGAGCGCAACAUCGAAGAGGAGCUCCAGAUGGCUAUAGGUGGUUGGGAGGACUGUAGGCGCGAUGAGGCAGUGGAGGAAGCUAAAGCCAUUUUUGAAGCAGCCCAAAUCCCCAAUGCAUGGCUGGAGAUCUGGUCCCCUUAUUCCAGGACCUCGCAUGUCAGAGUUAUUCUCCAGUUCCCUCCCAACUACAAGACUGUGCCUCAGCAGCGAGCCUUCCAAACUGAGGUCCUGGAGAAACUGAAAGGUAGGAAGUGGACAAGUAAUGUUCCUGGCAAUGAGGGCAGGACCAUCUGGAUUCAGCGACACAGAAGCCCGGAGGAUCGGGCUAAGAUUCGGGCUAUUGUCAGCGUCAAGGAGUUCAUUGACCAAUUAACUUUUGGCGGGGGCCUUCGGAAGAAACAUGCAGAGAUUGACUGGAGGGGAAAACUCUUUGUCGGUAACGUCAACGUACUCGGAGGCCCCCACGAAAGUGACACCCUGCAGGACCUUGACCUUCCUCUUGCUGACCCGCGGGGUAACCACACAGGGUGGUUCAUCAAAGCUGAGCACUUUGCCCGUGCGACCGGAUUGCCUGCUGAACAGCUCCCAGACUUGCGGGAGGAAGUUGGAGGCUUGAAAGAACUUGCAUUGCUGGGGUGGGGCCAGGACGAAGUACGUCUUGGAUCUUCCUCUUAUGUAAAACCCCUGCUCACAGGAUUGGCGGUGAUUCUUCGAUCAGGUGGACGCAAGGUACAGCUCCUUUCUGACCUUAACCUUGACCUCAUGUCUCUGCAUGCCAACGAGAAUGAUGAGAGGAGAGCUAUCUGGUCUGAGGUCUUGGAGGACUCGGAUACCGCUCUUGGAUCGGACCACAGAAGGGCCCUGAACUACAGUCAUAUGCACCGCUGUGGCAAGUGGCGCGUAGACCUCUCCCAGGUCUCGCCUCACAGGCAUGCUCCCGACCAGGAUCCCUCCGAUACAGGGAUACGCCUGAAAUUAAGUGCCGCCGGGGACUACCACGCGGUCAGAGGACAGGAGAAAGCAACCAGAGAGAUGAAGUCUUUUUACAAGAACAAAUAUACUCCCCCCGAGCCCACGUCCCCCAGUGACACUGCGGACACCUACUUGUCUCUGGCACAGCAGGCGGGAAAAAGCACUGGACAGGACGGCGUCCCCUAUGAGCUGAUGUUCUCGAUAAUGCAGUCGCAAGUGCAUCUUGCCACUAACCACUUGCGCAACCAGAACGUCAUGCUGCAGUCCCUUGUUCUAAGGGCCCAGGACCAGAUUGAGAAAACAAUUCGUGGUUUAGGCGCGAGAGUGACAGCCUUGACCGGAGCGGUGACCACCAUCGAACAGAUGUAUGAGGCGACUGCUGGAUGUAUCAAUGACGUCUUCCAGGCUAUGGACGAUGUGAUGCGUAAAGAGAACUCCCUUUUCCAAGAACACACAGCGGUGGUGGCCCGAGCUGUUAAAGACCUUGAGGAGACUUUCCGCAGCACUCUGGCAUCGCACAAACAGAUGUUUGAGAGCUCUGGUUUCUCGCAUGUCACGUACUUCAACGAUAUUUUGAGGCUUGAGAAUGACCUGCACUCUAAUUUGCAUGAGCACAUCCUGCCCGCACUGCGAUUUAUUGCAGAUAACUUGCAAGCCCUUUCCCAGAGUGAACAGAAGCGGAUGCUAGCCGGCAACGUCUUCGUGCUCACCUUGAGGUCCCGGCUCUCUAGCCGCCUCGACAACACGGCUGGCGAGGUCAUUGACCGAUUCCUACAGAUGGGCCCCGAGUACUUGAAGAAUAAUUUGGUGCAUGGAAUUCAGUACGUUCUGCAAGCACAGCCCAACCCCGACGAUGGGUCUAUCCUUAUACGCACAUGA